CACAGGUCUCUCCCGAAUAAAAUAAUAGAAAUGAACUAAAUGGAGGGAGGAAAGUAACGAAAAAAAUGCGAAGAUAAGUAGUUUGGCUGCCAUAAAAUUGGCCGUUAGGGGUUUUACUGUUACAGAGAAGGGUUUUAGGCUUCUUAGCCUACUCCGCUUUCUGAGCUUCUCAAAACUUGCAAGUUUAACAAGAAUAACUCUUUCUAUUCCCAUUUCCCACCUGUUCAUGCUAUAAUCCUUUUCCGGUUCUUCUCCUGCUCUGUUUCCGAACAGGAGAAAGGUCUGGGAGAAGGAAUAAUCCCCUCGAACAACAUUUUUUCGCGGAACUGCGACCACUGAUCAGGACGGCUUCCUGUGGUAGCAGUAGUAUUUAGCUGGGUGGAGUUGCAGAGGUUAUUGCAAUGGGGUUUUACACUCAGAGUGGUCCUGUCAGGCCCAGUUGCCCACCUUCUAUCUGGUUCUCUUCGUCUUACCGGCGCCGCUCAACCUCGGUGACUGCUUUCCUUAAAGGCUUUUCGAAUUCCAAUAAAGUCUUCCACAGUGUUUUGGCUGGCUGGCGGGAACUACACCAUCUGCAGCAUGCUAAUGGCCCUCAAUGCAAUAGUGCUAUUUUUAGUAGUUCUCUUCAAUUUAAACGAGGUUUAAAUUUUUCUACGGGGACAUUCGCAAAAAAAGGUGCUGUAAAUUUAUUUGAUGAACAAAAAAGUUGCCAUCCAUCACCUCAGUGGUUUUCUCCAGUGGGAUUAAGUAAAGCUCCUAGCCUGAGCAGCUGCAAUACUCUUGACACUGUGUUUCUGCGCACCAAUGAACACAGCCAUAUGAGUCCAUGGGUCAUGGAAACAGAAAGAGUGAAAGCAAAUAGGUUGAGAACUUGUCAAGAUAUUGAGAACCACAAGGUGAAUCUUGAAAUCCCAAAAGCCAAAGUAGUGUGAAAGGUGGGAAGGAUGAGCAUGAGGAGGAAAAUAAUGGAAUUGCUGAUGAUAAACUAAAAUUUCCAGGAGGUCUUUUAUAUAGUUCAGGAGUAAAUGAUCUUCCUGUAAGAGGGGAUUUCCGUGGCUCAUUCAACCAAGGGUCUAUCUCAUAUAACAAACAAGCUCCUUCGCCAGAAACAGGUUUGAUUAAGGAUAUAGGCAAGGCAACCUUGAGGCAACAUUUGAUUGGUAAGGACUUCAAUUCAAACCCAAAAGCUUCAAAUGAACUAGGCCAUAACAACAUUCGGACAAAGAAUUUGGACUACCCAACUUUUGAUUGCUCAGGGCAAGUUGGUUCAUCAGUAAUGCAAAGCAGUGGUGAAUUGAAUGGUUCACUUUCACACAAACUCUUAGAGUAUAGUAAAGAGAGACCUUCAACUGGAGCUAGAUCCAGUGAAGCAACUGAAAGGGGUCCACCCAAUGGAAAACCUUCUGUUGUCAAUGAUGAACCAGUUGAAACUUAUGUUGUACCAAUAAAUCUCAAUGAAGAAAAUGGUAUUCAUCCACUGGAGCAUCGACAGAGGCUUGAACACAUCUAUGAUAAAGUUCUCGUGGUUGACAAUAUUUCACUUGCAAGGGAUAUUGUGAGAAAGCUUACAACACAGUACAAGGGUCUCAUUUAUGCAUGCGAUACAGAGGUGGCUAAGAUUGAUGUAAAGAAGGAAACUCCUGUUGAUCAUGGAGAAGUCAUAUGUUUCAGUAUUUAUUCUGGACCAACUUCUGACUUAGGAAAUGGAAAGUCCUGUAUCUGGGUAGAUGUUCUUGAUGGUGGUGGUAGGGAUAUUUUGAGGGAAUUUGCUCCAUUCUUCGAGGACCCUUCCAUUAGAAAGGUUUGGCACAACUAUAGUUUUGAUAGUCAUGUUUUAGAGAAUUACGGGCUUAAGAUUUCAGGCUUCUAUGCUGAUACAAUGCAUAUGGCAAGGCUGUGGGAUUCUUCAAGACGAACGUCAGGUGGCUAUUCACUCGAAGCGCUCACAAGGGACCCAAAGAUAAUGUCCAGUGCUAAAAAAUGCAGUGAGGGAGAACUGAUAGGUAAGAUAUCAAUGAAGACAAUCUUCGGCAAGAAAAAGAUAAAGAAAGAUGGAUCUGAAGGCAAGCUAAUCACUAUUCCUCCUGUUGAGGAGCUUCAAAGGAAAGAAAGGGUACAUUGGAUUUGCUACUCUGCUUUAGAUUCAAUAAGCACACUAAAGCUUUUUGAGAGCUUGCAAAGAAAGCUAAUUACUGAAGAAUGGAUUCUUGAUGGGGUUUAUGAAGGAUCAAGGUAUGACUUUUAUGAGAAGUAUUGGCGUCCAUUUGGUGAGCUUUUGGUCCAAAUGGAGACUGAAGGAAUGCUGGUUGAUCGGGCAUACCUCGCAGAGAUGGAGAAGUUGGCCACUGUAGAAAAAGAACUUGCUACAGAUAGAUUCCGAAAGUGGGCUUCUAGGUAUUGUCCUGAUACUAUCUACAUGAAUGUUGGAAGUGAUGCACAGCUACGGCAGCUCUUUUUUGGUGGCAUAACUAACAGAAAGGACCCUAGUGAGAGUCUUCCAAUGUCAAGGACUUUUAAAAUACUUAAUGUUGAUAAUGUGAUUGAAGAGGGGAAGAAGGUAGCAAAAAAAUAUCGUAAUAUUACACUGCAUAACCUUGGUGUUGAAAUACAAACUGAGAUAUAUACAGCUACUGGUUGGCCCUCAGUUAGUGGAGAUGCUCUGAAGGUCCUCGCUGGAAAGGUCUCUGCUGAAUAUGAUUUGAUUGAUGAUGCAUAUGAACCUCUGUCAGAUGGAAAUGAUGAAUUUACUCCAGAACAGAUGGUCAAUGAAGAUGAGGAAAAGCAAGCUACCUCUAUUAGUGAAGAGAACAUAGAAACCUCUAUUUAUGGAACGGCUUAUGCUGCAUUUGGAGAGGGCAAGGAGGGAAAGGAGGCUUGCCAGGCCAUUGCUGCUUUGUGUGAAGUUUGCUCUAUUGACUCUUUGAUAUCCAACUUCAUUCUCCCUUUGCAGGGAACUCACAUAUCAGGCAAGGAUGACCGUAUCCAUUGUUCCUUAAACAUAAACACUGAGACUGGUCGUCUAUCCGCCAGGAGACCAAAUUUGCAGAAUCAGCCUGCUUUAGAGAAGGACCGGUACAAAAUUCGCCAGGCAUUCAUAGCUGCUCCUGGAAACUCUCUAAUUGUUGCCGAUUAUGGACAGCUGGAACUUAGGAUUCUGGCACAUCUUGCAAACUGUAAGAGCAUGUUGGAAGCCUUCAGAGCUGGUGGUGAUUUUCAUUCAAGGACAGCAAUGAAUAUGUAUCCACAUAUUCAUGAAGCAGUAGAACAAAAAAGAGUUUUGCUUGAAUGGCAACCUCAGCCUGGUGAAGAGAAACCCCCAGCUCCCCUGUUGAAGGAUGCCUAUGCUUCUGAAAGAAGGAAAGCCAAAAUGCUCAACUUUUCCAUUGCAUAUGGGAAAACUCCUGUGGGGCUUGCCCGAGAUUGGAAGGUUUCAGUUAAGGAAGCAAAAGCAACAGUAGAUCUCUGGUACAAGGAGAGGCAAGAAGUUUUGAAAUGGCAAGAAGAGCGCAAAAACGAAGCACAGACCACGCAGCGUGUACACACAUUGCUAGGACGGGCUCGCCAUUUUCCUGCUAUGGCCCAUGCUAGUAAAUUUCAACGAGGCCACAUUGAGAGAGCAGCUAUUAAUACCCCUGUGCAGGGUAGUGCUGCUGAUGUUGCCAUGUGUGCCAUGCUAGAAAUAUCAAGGAAUGCACAAUUGAAGGAGCUUGGGUGGAAGCUGCUUUUGCAGGUUCAUGAUGAAGUGAUACUUGAGGGACCAACGGAAUCAGCAGAGGUUGCCAAGGCCAUAGUUGUUGAAUGCAUGUCCAAGCCCUUCUAUGGAAAAAACUUCCUUAAAGUUGACUUAUCUGUUGAUGCCAAGUGUGCAAAGAAUUGGUAUGCAGCGAAGUAAAUGAAGUAUGUUAUGGAUUUGGUUCAAAAACCAUUGUUCUUUGUCACUCGGGACUCAAAAGGAUUGAAUUGGCUGGCACCAUCACAAGGAAGGUUCUCCAAUGCUAAUGCUGUUGUUUUUGUCCAACAUGGCUAAGUUGUGCCGGGAUCUUGGUUGUUCAAGGUCGACUUGACAUUCGAAUUUUGAUCAUGAAGCACGCACCAAUGAAGGCAUUGCUGAGGAAGUUUGGUUGCUGCUUUAUUGACCUCAAUUUCGGGGGUAAUUGCAGAUGAAGACAGGGAAGGGGUGAUGCCUUGUAUAUAUUUAAAUUUCUUUGCGAAUGGGAGACCUUUGCGCUUCUUGUAUUUCAGAUUAGUGAUUGUUGAACUCAUAUUUUUCUUGCCAAUUAAAUCCCUUUUGUUCUUGCCUGAAA